AUGGCUCCCUUCUCCAGACUCGUCUUCCUAGCCGGCCUGGCAUCAGCAGGUCUUAGGCAAGACUGUCCACACUACACCGACUAUGCCGCAACCCCCCAUGAGCCCUUCUCAGACGGCGUUCACAAGCUCGCCUAUCAGCGGCCUUCUCCAGAAUGUCGCACGUCAAGCUUCCCAGAGGUUGAAAAGACCAUCACCGAGAUGAAGUCUCUUAUCAAGGAUCCGGAUCUGUACCGUCUCUUUGAGAAUACGUUCCCAAACACCCUCGAUACAACAGUCGCCUGGCAAGGGACGGCCGCUGGCGACGCGAACGAGGAAUUGUCGUUUGUCAUCACCGGCGAUAUCAAUGCCAUGUGGCUCCGCGAUUCCGCCAACCAGCUCCAAAGCUAUCGCUCCCUGUUAACCCGCAACUCGUCCUCAAACUCACUGGCGUCUCUCUACCGCGGCCUCAUCAACCUACAAGCUCGCUACGUCUUCAAUGCACCUCACUGCAACGCCUUCCAACCCCCGGAAGAGUCCCAAAUCGCCCCAACGACGAACGAAGCUGGCGGGUCAGACCAUGUCGUCCCCGCGUACCCUGCCUACUCGUACUUUGAGUGUAAAUACGAACUCGACAGCCUGGCCGCCUUCCUCCAGAUCUCACACGACUACCACACCGCCACGGCAGACAAGGACUUCUUUGCAAAGUUCCAAUGGCCCAAAGCCAUGGCCGUCCUCCUCAACACCACCGACGCCCUGCUGACCGGAACCUACGCCGCGGACGGGACCCUGAACCCCUCCCCGGCCAUCUUCGAACGCCGCACGACCUCCGCCUCGGAAACGCUCUCGAACAAGGGCAACGGCGCGCCCACGAACGGCGGUACUGGCCUCGUCCGCAGCUUCUUCCGCCCCAGCGAUGACAGCUGCAUCUACCAGCUCUUCGUGCCCGCCAACAUGAUGUUCUCGCGCUACCUCAACUCCUGCGCCGAGAUCAUGGACGGCAUCGAUAAGGGCAUGGCCGAGCGCAUGCGCGACGCCUCCGCCCGCGUCAAGGAGGGCAUCGAGGCCCACGCAAAGACGACGCACCCCACCUUCGGCGAGAUCUACUCGUACGAGAUCGACGGCUUCGGUAGCCACAACCUUAUGGACGACGCCAACAUCCCCUCCCUGCUCUCCGCGCCGCACUACGGCUACCUUUCCUCCAAGGACCAGGUCUACCAGAACACGCGCAAGUUCAUCCUCUCCCAGUCGAAUCCGUACCAGAUGCGCGGGCCGGUGCUCAACGCCACGGGCGGCCCGCACCUCGGACCCGGCAUGGCCUGGCCCAUGGCGCUGAUCGCCCAGCUCCUGACGUCCGACGACGACGACGAGAUCUCCAACGGGUUGAAGCAGCUGGUCAGCUCGACGAACCAGCUGGGCUUGAUUCACGAGUCCGUCAACAGCCACGAUGCGUCGCAGUGGUCUCGGUCAUGGUUCGCGUGGGCAAACGGUCUCUUUGGACAGAUGAUUCUGGACCUGCGUGAGAGGAAACCCCACCUGCUCGAGAAGAGCUACCAGUAA